GUAUGUGAAUUAUUUCUCACUAAAACUAUAAAGAAAAUGGUACAGUCCGCAAAGAAUUACAAAAUGCCUGCAGAUGGUGGUCUUUGUGAGCCAGUCAUGGAGGGGCCAAGUGUCCCAUGGGGUCAGGGAGCGAGGCGUCCCCAGAUGAAGCCCAGAAGUAUUACUUGCAGGUGAAGCAGGAGCAGCUGUCUUCUCUCUUUCCACCUGGAAUUUAAAGGUGGCUCAGGGAAGGAUCUGGACUCCCAGGUGUGCAAAAGGAGUUUCAGACCAAUGAUGGGCUCCUAGGGGCAGGGAGACACCAGCCGGGGUCUAGUUAAUGCAAGUGAGACCUUCACCAAGGAAAUGUGCUUUAUAGUUCCGUCCUUCUGGUGGAACCCCAGGAGCCCAGGUCCUCUUUGAGGGUGUUAGGGGCUGGGUUGUAUCCCCCCAAACUCAUAUGUUGAAGUCCUAACCCCCAGCACGUCAGAAUGUGACCUGAUUUGGAGAUAGGGUCUUUACAGAGACAAUCAAGGUAAUGAGGUCAUUGGAUGGGCCCUAAUCCAAUAGGACUGCUGUCCCUAUAAAAAUGGGAGAUUUGAGAACAGACACACAUACAAGGAGAUUGACUCGGACAUGAAGAUGGCUGGCUGCGGGCCUGGGAGAGAGGCCCUUCCCCCAAGGCCCUUAGAAGGAACCACUGCUGACACCUUGAUUUCUGCUUCUGGCCUCCAGAAGUCAGAGAGAAUACAUUUCUGUGGUUUAGGCACCCCAGCGGUUGUACUUUGCUGUGCCCGCUCCCAGACACCAGUACAGAGGGCAGACAGAGGCUGUGCUGAACUGGGAGGGGUUUUGGCCCCAGAGCGGGGUAAGGGGAGAGCAGGGGCUGGGCCUGGCUGUGUGAGAGGCACGCUAGGACCCGGGACUGCCCCCCAACCACCACACACAGGUGCCUGAGUGUUGCAGGACUAUGGCAUCCCUCGGCCCCAGGAGGGCUCAGGAUAGCCUGGUUGGCUGGGCCUAGGCCGACAGCAAGCCAUCCCCAACCUCUCCUGAGGGCUUUACCCUGUCCCCUGGCAGAUAGGCAUGGCCUCCAGCCGCCCCUGCAGGGGCACAUGGGACAGUAUGUUCAGGCGCCCCGCCUGGUGGGCCCACCUGAGGGGUCUUGCAGGUCCUGCUACACUGUAGGCCAGGAGGUUCUGGGAACCUUCUCUGGACUUGGCAGCUGGGCUACACUCUGCUCCAAGUGACCUGGCCAGCAUUCCUCGUGACUUCCCCCAGCUGGAUGACCUCAUUUUCCAGAGCUCAGGGAUCAUCUCAGUCUGCUUUCCCAAGACUGCACUUUCCCGCUGCUCCUCCCCCAUCUCAGGCUGAUGAGGUUGGGGAAGAGGCCUGUUUCCAGGCUCUGAGAUUCCUGCUCACUCCAGAGUGGAGCGGCCACAGCUAGAGCCAUGGCCACCCCCUCCCAGACCCUUUAGUCUCCCUGUCUGUCCUCUGCUUCUGUCUCUGUGUCACACACACACACACACAGAGCCCCACAUCCGGCCUUUAGGGCGGGCUCCCCCCUCCUCCCUCUUAAAAGAGCAGCUUUCUCUCAGGAGCAGAAACCUCAGCUGGGAGAAUCUGUGAGAAGGUCACAGCCCCUGGAGGCCUGAACAACCAUGUGCUUCACCCAGGUGUCGAGAGAAAGCAGAAGUCUGACUGAGAUUUUAAAAUUCAGAAUGCACCAGAUGGUGGACAGUUUCUUUAACAAUCAUCAACAUCAACCAGAAGGACAAGAGCAGGAGCAGGUCGCGCUACUGCAGCUGGAGGACGACUUCAAUGAGGCCUUGCUCGACGCCACCAUGGAUCUGCAUGAUCAGAACUGCAAUCAGGACUCCUCUCCGUUACUUCCCGAGGUGCGGCAGGAACUGCGCUCCAGGGUCCGGAGGUCCUCUGUCCUUUCCCUGGAAGACCAGAGUCCUGAGGGCUGCUCUCCCAAGGAGUCCUUUUGUAAGCGAGCCCUGAGGUACUUUCAGAGGCUGCUGCACUGCCUCUGGCAGAAGUGGCAGGCCGCGCUGGCUUGGUUGAAGACGACCCUGGCUGCUGGAGUGCAGGCCCUUUGCAGGGCGGUGGAGGCCAUCUGGAGUGUGUUUAACGAUUUCUGCUCCUUCAUGGCUCAGGUCAUCAGGAGCACCAUGCAGGCCUAGCUAACCCCCCCUUACCGGUAUCCUUCCCCGGGGCUGGCCCGUCGCUCUGGCUAUGGUGUCUUAAUAAAAGUUGGUCAAACCCA